GAGAUAUUGCUGAAACGAUUUGUCGAACGUUUCAUACCCUCGAGUCCAUCGAUCCACAUCAACGACUGAAUGCAUGGGAGAUAAGGACAGCUCCCAGAUCGAUAUCCUGAAGAAGGCCCUGAAGACCCAGCGAACAGAAGCGUUGAGCCGGGAGCAGGAGCUCCAGAAACAACUCUCAGGGCUAUGGCAGAGAGCGGACAAGGAGAGGAAGAUGCUGAUGAGCCAAGUGACGCAGCUCAAGAACGAGCUGAAAGCUUCCUCGCCCAAGACUUUGUUCAAUGAUGUCACUUCUCGGCUUUCUGAGCUGAAAGCCACUGUCAGCAACAUAAGAGAUGGAUCCCCACUCUCCGAAAAGGGCCUGUGGUCCUUCGAUUCGGAUGGAGAGCCCCUGAGUGAAGAGCAAAGGUCUGAAGGAGCAGCGUACUCUUAUGGCUCAGAUGCAGUCGGAAUGGGAGAAGGCGAAGCCAAGUAUCGCAUCAAAGGUCUGGAGGCGAAAGUUGCGGCGCAGCAGGAUGAGAUAAGGGAGCUGCGAGCACUGCUGACAGAAAGAGAUACCGCUGUGUCCAAGCUACAGCAGAGGAAUGGAUUGCUAUCAGCAACGCUAGAAGAGAAGGAGAACGAAAUCGCUGCCUUGGAGUCAAGACUGAACAAGCUUAAGAGACGGCUGACCGAGUCAGACUCGUUCGCCCCUCGCGCUUGGGUUGUGAAGGAGGCAGUAAAGGGAGGGUACGGACUGGAAGCUGCCGGAUUAAUCUCCUCACCCGCCUCCUUGA